AAAUGGCACAGAGUGAAGCAAACCAUGAUUUGAUCGUUUCCUCCAGCAGGUGGCAGUAUGCCCCUUAAAACGUCUGUUUGCUGAGCUCUGUUAUACUGGAGAAGAAGAAGAAGAAGAAGUUAGCCAGUCGGCCACCUCGGUAGCUUGCCAGACAAUAUAACCGAACCAGUAAAGCUCUUUAGACGGUUUAAUGUAUAUUAGCCACUGUGUUUUGAACACACUUCUGUCAAUCUAGCUAAUUAUAUAAUUUCAUUGCCUAUUUACGUUGUUAUUGUUAUUAGUUAGCUAACGGUAGCUGGCUGGUUAAGUUAGCAUUAGCCUUGUUAGCUAACUGUUAUCCCUCAUCCCCGACCAUGAGUUCACCAAGCUACUCGCCUCCUGAUGAAGAGGAGGAGGAGGAGGUCUGCUGGACGGAGAAAGAGGGUCUGUGGCUGAACGUUGUCGUGAAAGAGGAAGAGCAGGAUGUUACAGUGAAAGAGGAAGAGGCUUUUUCAGUGAAAGAGGAAGAGGAGGAUGAGGCUUUUACAGUGAAAGAAGAAGAGGAAGACUCGUUCAGAGUGAAAGAGGAAGAGGAAGCCGAGGAGACGGGAGGAGAGAGACGUGACUAUAGUGGAUCCUCUGGGGAGCCUCAACAACAUCAUGAUGCUGAAGAGGCAGAGAAGAGUCUCUCCAGAGCAGAACACCUCAAGAAACCCCAGCAGAGACCCACAGGGAAGAAUCCUCACUGCUGCUCUGACUGCGGGAAAGGUUGCAAAUCUUCAUCAGAACUUAAAAUACACCAGAGAACACACACAGGAGAGAAACCUUAUAGCUGUGGUCAAUGUGGGAGGAGUUUUACUAUAUCAAGCCAUUUGACUUCACACCAGAGAACACACACAGGAGAGAAACCUUAUAGCUGUGAUCAAUGUGAGAAGUGUUUUACUAUAUCAAGCCAUCUGACUUCACACCAGAGAACACACACAGGAGAGAAACCUUAUAGCUGUGAUCAAUGUGGGAAGAGUUUUGCUGCAUCAAGCAAUCUGACUUCACACCAGAGAACACACACAGGAAAGAAACCUUAUAGCUGUGAUCAAUGUGGGAUGAGUUUUGCUGCCUCAAGCAAUCUGACAAGACACCAGAGAAUACACACAGGAGAGAAACCUUAUAGCUGUGAUCAAUGUGGGAAGUGUUUUACUAUAUUGAGCUCUCUGACUUCACACCAGAGAACACACACAGGAGAGAAACCUUAUAGCUGUGAUCAAUGUGGGAAGAGUUUUACUAUAUCAAGCUCUCUGACUUCACACCAGAGAAUACACACAGGAGAGAAACCUUAUAGCUGUGAUCAAUGUGGGAAGUGUUUUACUAUAUCAAGCUCUCUGACUUCACACCAGAGAACACACACAGGAGAGAAACCUUAUAGCUGUGAUCAAUGUGGGAAGUGUUUUACUAUAUCAAGCCAUCUGACUUCACAUCAGAGAACACACACAGGAGAGAAACCUUAUCUCUGUGAUCAAUGUGACAAGAGAUACUCCGAUAAAAGAUCUCUGAUUAAACAUCAGAAAAUACAUGAAGAAGUUGUUUCAUGAUAUCAAUGAAAUAAUGUCACAAUGUAGAAUGUCUUAACAUUGUAGUAGGAGUAGUUUAAUGAUGUCACAAUGUAGAAUGUUUUAACAUUGUAGUAGGAGUGUUAUAAUGAUGUCACAAUGUAGAAUGUUUUAACAUUGUAGUAGGAGUGUUUUAAUGAUGUCACAAUGUAGAAUGUUUUAACAUUGUAGUAGGAGUAUUUGAAUGAUGUCACAAUGUAGAAUGUUUUAACAUUGUAGUGGGAGUGUUUUAAUGAUGUCACAAUGUAGAAUGUUUUAACAUUGUAGUAGGAGUAUUUGAAUGAUGUCACAAUGUAGAAUGUUUUAACAUUGUAGUAGGAGUAUUUGAAUGAUGUCACAAUGUAGAAUGUUUUAACAUUGUAGUAGGAGUGUUUUAAUGAUGUCACAAUGUAGAAUGUUUUAACAUUGUAGUAGGAGUGUUUUAAUGAUGUUACAAUGUAGAAUGUCUUAACAUUGUAGUAGCAGCACUUCAACAUUCAAAAUGUAGCCAGUGGUUUUCUACAAGUUGAAAAAGCUGCUUGUUUAAAAAAAUACAUGUAAUUGAUAAUUGUUGCAGAUGUUUGUGUAUAAACACACAUGAAAGCAGUACAAUAAAUUGGACUAUAAUCCAUUUUUAUUAACAA